AUGCAGCAUCGUGCAUCUGAACCGGCCAAUGGAGCCGCCGUGAGCUAUGAUGUGCUGAACAAAGGGCAAAAUGAAUUAUGGAAGUGGGCGCAACUGCAGGGUUCUUCUGUUUCAUACAAGCAGCCAUGGCGCCAAGUCAUCACUGUCUCUAUUGUUUUACAGAACCCAAAUGAAUUCGUUGUAGCCGCACGGCAAUCCUUUUACCAUAGCUUCAACCUUACGGUCCGGCAGGGAUGCGCUGCUGCGGCGGGGAGAGUGCCAAGCCGCACUGACAAGACCCUUGUCGGGAUGCGCAAACUUGCCGUAGUUCACUCCCGUGAACCAGCUGAAAGCGUGAGCCAUUGUACAGUACUAGGACAAAAGUCUGUGCCCAUGAACCGUGCGCGCAACACCAAAACGCGCGACGCGCACAAACAACCCCACUUUCCACCACCCCCAACACCACCAUAG